CUAGUUGCUCAGGUUAUGUAAACUGUUUCUCCAAUGAGAGUUGAGGGUGUUCGCGCACUGUUUGUUUUUGGGUGCAGGAGGUUAUCGGAAGAUGCCACAAAAACUACCUUUUCGUGUAGUAUAUGUGUCUAGUCAAGAUGAAAAUUUUCCUGCUACAGAGCUAAACCAUCACCACCCAGCAACUAAAGGAUGGGUUUCAACUAGAUUUUGUGCAUACCCACAACAGCUGAUCUUGGCACUAGAAGGAAGGGCCAAUUUUCGAAAAAUACAAGUACUAUGUCAUCAAUACUUGAUAGCCUCGAAGAUCGAGUUUUUUGUGGGAGAUACACCAGAUGAUGAAAUCAAGCACUUCAAAAACGCCAAUUUUAGUAGGCUAGGAUAUGUGGCCCUUUCCGACAAUCAGGCAACAGAGUUUAAAGCUAGGGAACUAAAGUCAGUACAUCUUGAUGCAUCUGGAUCUUACAUUCAACUAUUUCUGCAUAAAAACCAUUCAAAUAGUUUAAAUCUAUAUAGUCAGGUUGGAAUUGUUGCUAUCAAUAUAAUUGGUGAUUUCAUCAACAGGAACCCACUCUCUGAUCCUGAAGACUUUCCUCCAGUUGUUCAUAACACAGAUUAUAUACCUCCCACAGAAGACUUAGCGUUUGAUAUGUAUCAGGACCCUGAAGUUGCUAAUAUAAUAAGGAGAUUAGAAAAACAAAAGCGUAUUGCUGUUAUGGCUGAACGUUUUGAUCAAGCACAAAGUAUGAGGGAUGCCAUAGCUCAACUACAACAGGUUGGUGAACGUCUUGGUAGACUAGCACUUGAAAAACAACAAGCCGUCGAAAAAGAGAACUAUGAAGAAGCUAACUUGAAAAAGAAUGAAAUGAGUGAAAUUCGUACCAAUUUGUAUAGAGAUAUUGAUUUAGUUAGAUUAUUGUCCACUAAUGUAGCAGAAAAUCAACAAAGUUUUGGUCGAAUUGAGAGUUCAUUUAAUGAUACAAUUAAUGAACGAAACAAGAUGAAUCGUAUGCCACCAAUACGUUUUCAGAGUCUGCUAACAGCAGAUGACCCAAAUGGAAAUUGGCGUAGCGAUGAAUCAUAUAAUACUAACAAUAAAAAUAAUAAUAAUCAAACGACUGAUUACUUCCCAUUUCGUCGGGCACAUCCUUUAAUUGAUCCUGAUGAACGUCCUUUACCAGCUCUUAAAAGCAAAGUUAGAGAUAACAGUGCAGCACUACGUGCAAUCGAUGAAGAACAAUAUACAUUAGAUUUUUCAGUCCCAGGUCAUCAUGAUGUUUGUGAUGAUUUACAACAUUCUGAACAUGUACUUGUCAACGCAAUUGAACAUGAUCAUAGGGAUAUCGAUUCUUAUGACGAUGAGCAUACUAUGAAGUACUUGGAACAAGCAUCUUAUGAACGUAUGCUUGAAAAUGGCGAAACUUUACCAACUGGUGUUAUUGAUCUUCCUGAACCAAUGAGUGAAACCAAUCGACGUCAAGCUGUUGUAGCCAUUGAUGUUGUUGGAAUUAAUCUUGUCACAAAAGCUUAUAGCAAAUCAUGGGUUUUUCGUGAAAAAGCUCUUCUUGAACUGGAACAACGUGUAACUGCACCAAAGCUUCCUCCUCCCGUAUCACUCCCGGAUUUAUCUAACCCUGAUCCAAAGGCAGAAAUCCGAUCUACCACGUUCCUUUUACGUCGAGCAUUAGGUGAUCAGGUCUUGUCAAUAUUUCGUUUGGCUACUAAAUUUCUCAAACCAACAAUUGUUGAUUUUGCUGACAAAUAUUCUAUUCCACGACCUGAUUUAUAUUACUGUAUGGACAAGUUGAUUCCAGUGAUUUUCCAACGUACUGGUGAUCCUUCAUCACGUAUUAGAGAUACAGCAAAAAGGAAAAUUUUAGAAAUUGCUCAGUGGCCGCAGAUGAAACAAUAUACAACAUUUUGGAGUGAAUUAGUUCGACCAUUUCCUCCUAUAACUUUAGAUCGAUUGGCGUUAAGUCGAAUUGAAUUGGUGACAGAGUUAUAUGCCAUUCGAGGUGUUGAUCCUAUUUUCAAUGAAUAUGGACACGGGAAUCAAGGAGGUUUCACUUUAGACGCUUUAACUAUGUUCACAGCGAAGUGUUUAGAUCAUCGAUCAAAUGAAGUACGUGAGACAGCUGAAAAUCUUAUUGUUGCCCUCUAUCGUGCGGAGGAACGAACUAUUGUUCGUCGUGUCAUACCUUUAGAUGAUGUGAACUUACAUCGACAUCCUUUAUACAGAAGACUACUUGGAAAAUUUGACCGAAUUGAUGGAAGGUAUGCUCCAACUUCAAAUGAUCAGCCACCUGGAAUCAAAGCUUCGGUUAAGCAAAGAGAGGUUGAGGCGCUUCAGGCAGAUGUUCAGCAGAUUCGCGCUAUGGUUGGACACGGUAAUCGGAGUAAUCCUUCAAUAACAGACCAUUUUAAUCCACGAGUACAGCGUAACAUACAAUCAACAAAUCAUGAGAGGAAAUCUGCUACCAUACUAAAAAGUUAUAAUCGUAAGUCUACGAAUCCACUAUCUGCAUCUCCGAAUCAUCAGAAUCAAAUAUGUAACCAAAAUGGAUCAAGAAUUCAAAAGGUUGAAAAACCAUUUCAAAAUUCAGCAGCUCCUAGUAUCUCUGAAGAUUCAAAUCAACAUACUGAAGAAGCAGAACUUUUACUGAGCUUAGAUAAAACGUGUAUAUUCUGUGGGGAACAAAAUGAGUCUUUCACAGAGGAAGGUUUAGAUUUACAUUAUUGGAAAAUUUGUCCAAUGCUCCAUCGUUGUCCUAAUUGUAAACAAGUGGUUGAAAUAGCUGGUUUAACUGAUCAUUUACUUAAAGAAUGUGAAGCUUGUACACCUGGACAGUAUGAACGUUGUUCUCGGUGUUCAGAAGCUAUACUAAGAACACAUCUAAAUUCUCAUAAUUGUUUACCUAUAAAAUUAUCAUCUGGAUUACGUUGUCCUCUUUGUCAUCAUGAUCUCCCAUUUCUACCAGUUUCAAUUGCACCUGGUGGUCCUGAAGAUGUAUGGAAAGCACAUUUUUUAGGUUCUAAUACUAUUAAUAUGCCUCAAUGUACAGAGAAUCCAAGAUGUUUACAAAACCAACAGAAAAGUAAUCCUUCUUCCAUAAAAUCUAAAUCCACUUCAGAAGCUAGAUAACAUUUUAUUGAAAAUGUUGUACUAAUGUUCGAUUACUUUACAAAAGUAAAAAUCAACGAUAUUUCGUGAAACGUUGUCUACGGAAAUAGCCAGACAUUUAGAACCCUUGAUAAAUCUAAACAAAGUAAAAACAAAAGUGGAAUACCCAGGCCAUCACAUACAGCUAAAGUUCGUCCGGUCUAAGUUGAGCAUCAUCAGUAACAUCAUGGUUAUAUUCAUACUUUUCCUCUAUUAUAAUUUUAAUUUUUUGCUCAUUAUUUCAGUUGUGAUAUUCGUUGCUAGUAUUAUGCAUAAAUGCUAUUACAUAGAUCCACAAUUUCAAUCCUUUCGUCUUUAUUCCAAUCCCUACACAAAAACUGAGUGCAGGUAAUAGUGUAAAUGCUUUCCUUUAGUUUGUAUACUGUUUUCGUAGAACGGUAUUUUUCCUUAACUCAAUUGAAAGAGGUGAAUUCAACUCAAUUCAAUGAAUUUCAUUCACGAUAAUGUGUAUAUUUUUUCUACUUUUACAAUUAUUUUUACUCCUUUUUACAUGUCACUACUAUCAUCUGUUUGUAGUCAUCUGUAUAAGUGAAUGUACUGAGUGAGUUCGUUUUAUCUUCAUGUAACUUUUAAUAUUGUACUUACUUUAUCGGUCAUUAUUUGAUAAGAAAUAAGGAU